UCGAAAAGUUAUAGGGUUUUUUUUUUUUUAUUAUUAUUUUCAUGCUGGCCUUCAGUGAUUUCGUCUGUGAUAUGCUCGAUCACAAUUCUCAUGUACUGUUGCCGAAGAAAUCACUGACCGGUUCGAUUUUUUUGUAUGUAUUAUUUGAUUCCGGAUAUGUAUUUGAAAUCAGUUGUCAGGUGUUCGUUUGACUUUCAGCUCAAACACGAUAAUUAUUCAUCUGCAGAAAUACAAGUUUCCGACUUAGGGAUUGUUUCGAUUAUCGUUUUUGAAAGUGAUUACUCUAUUGAAAAUUCAGAAUCACAUAAUCAACCUUGAUAAAACAUGGUGUUGGAGACAGAUAAUCACUUUUGAUAGUGCGAUGUGUUUGGGAAAUUGAUAUCGUUUAACGAAUAGAUAAAAUUGGGUCAACUGACAGGUGCAUCUUUAGUAUUAGUGAUCAAAUUUAGGUAAAUGGGAUCAGAAGGGCCUCCAGCAGUAACGUUCCAUGUGACAGGGUUUAAGAAAUUUCAUGGAGUUUCAGACAAUCCAACUGAGAAAAUUGUUAAUAAUUUGAACGAGUAUAUGAAGAAGAAUGGAUUGCCAAAGGGGGUGACACUUGGUAGUUGCACAAUUCUGGAGACUGCAGGCCAAGGAGCUCUUGUUCCUUUGUAUCAGACAUUACAAUCUGCUGUCAGCAAGGACACUGAACAAUCCAAUUUUUCCAAAGUCAUUCUGUUACAUUUUGGAGUUAAUAGCGGGGCCACAAGGUUUGCUAUUGAGCAUCAAGCUGUAAAUGAAGCUACUUUCCGCUGUCCUGAUGAGAUGGGAUGGAAGCCUCAGAAAGUUCCUAUUAUUCCUGCAGAUGGUGGAAUUUCAAAAACACGAAAGACAUGUGUUCCUGUGGAUGAGAUAACAAGAUCGUUGGCAAAGAUGGGUUAUGAUGUGGUGACAUCAGAUGAUGCGGGCAGAUUUGUGUGCAACUAUGUGUACUAUCAUUCCCUUCGGUUUGCAGAGCAAAAUGGGGUUAAAUCCGUCUUUGUACACGUCCCUCUCUUCCAAACAAUCGAACAAGACAUCCAAAUGCAAUUUGUUGCUUCCUUGUUGGAGCUGCUUGCUUCUUUAUGCUAGAAAUCUACCUUCUGUUUAUUGUCUGCUCAAAUCCAAAUCCUUCAAAGGUUUCUUGUUUUAUUUUAAUAAUCAGUAACGUUUCCUUUUCUUGUGUUGAAUUUGCAUCUACUGCAUUUGCUCCUACUUUUCUUAUGUUUCACAACUUGUGAAUAUUAUUAAUCAAGCCAAGCCAUUGUCUC